CAUCUGAAUCAUCAGUCAAACCAGUGUUUGAACUUCAACAUCGAAAAUAAGUGAAUAAUAGUUUUGUAAAAGAAAUAAUUGUGUUGGUUAUUGAAAAGUAAGGAUGCGUGUGAACAAGCGGAUACUAAUAUUUUUUUUACUAAUUUAUGGUUUAGCUUUAGUAAUAAUUAUUGGACGAUCGGCCUUAAAAUUAUCAAACUUUGGUCGGCAGUUAAAAUCGCAAUAUACUGAAGAAACCGGGGAGAGUCGACAAACGUCACUGCGCCUCAAACUCUUCCAACAACACAAAUGUCUCUCAAAUGGCCUCGGUGCACACCAUACCGAAAAAUCGAGCAUUGUUGAAAAUAAAACUCUUCAGGACAAGGAAAACAAGAUGAUAUUAUGGUACAUUAAACCCGGAUGGAUAACAGAGUCUGUGCUAAGCCAAACGCUGAAAACAUGUCCAUAUUCGAACUGCUACACAUCGAGUGACAGGCAAAAGAUUCAUCAGGCUUCGGCAAUUAUGUUCGAGAUACGAAAAGGCGGCGGUCUUUCCUCAUCACCUCCAAUUCCCAUGGAUAAAAGAAAUCCCGACCAAGCCUGGGUGUUUUUCAUCGUUGAGCCACCGCUGUUUAAUGCAGAUCCAUCCGAGCCGUACUUUCAGCCCAAUUGGUCAUUUGCUAUGAAUUGGUCGAUGACCUUUAUGCGAGAUGCGGAUAUUUUCUUUCCAUACGGGACGCUUGAACGGCGAACUGAAGUCCAAAACCGAAAUUACAGCGCCAUCUUCGACCAGAAAACCAAAUUCGCUUCCUGGUUUGUAGGAAAUUGCAUUACGCCAAAUAAAAGGGAAAAAUAUGUUGAAGAACUCCAACACGCGGGUGUAGAGGUUGAUAUUUAUGGCGGAUGUGGCAAAAAAGGACAAAAACGUUUGCCGAGAUUCAACAACGAGGCAGUGAAGAAAACUCUUGACCAAUAUAAAUUCUACUUGUCAUUUGAGAAUUCAAAUUGCGAAGAUUACGUCACUGAAAAGCUCUUUUCCAACUACAAUUAUGACGUCAUACAGCUUGUUAUGGGAGGAGCAGACUACAAGCGUUUGCUUCCGAAUAAUUCCUACAUAGACACCGCGGACUUCAAAAACGCGACCAAAAUGGCUGCCUAUCUUAUGGUACUUGGAAAUAAUAAAGACAAAUAUAUUGAAAUGUUGCAAAAUAAGAACCAAUUUGUCUGGAAUGGGCAUAAUACUUUCGAUGAAGCCAGCUACAGUAAAUCGUUUUGUACUUUGUGUGAAAAGUUGAACAACUUGGAUUCGAAUAGAAGAGUUUACCGGUCUAUGAACGAUCAUUAUCGUAUCAGUCGCUGUCCUCCCUUUACGAAAGCAGAGCCUUAUUAUCAUUGACAGUUCUUUCUUGUCGACGACAGUGCCUUUUUGUAAUUGACUGCAUUCGUUAAAAAAACCAGUGCCAAUUGAUGGUUAUUUACCUUCGUUGUCGAAAACAGUGCCGUUUUAUUAGUUGACGGCCCUUUUUUGUUGAAAUAUUUGCCUAAGGUAGUUGACUGCCUUAACUUUGUGUCUACUCUUCAUGAUGAUUACAUUUUUCAAAUGUGUAAACUAUCUCUUGAGACACUUGGAAAUAGUUAACUAAAUUAUACAAUUUCAUGCGGACGGACCUAGCAACCUUCAAAAUGACCCCACCGUCAAACUUCGUAAUGGUAAGACCGUAUAUGUCCAGUUGAAGAGUUACUACCGAAUAUAUGUUACUAACACUAUUUACCCGCUUAUUUUAUC